AUGGAAGAUAAAACCGAAAUUAAUUUGGAUAGAGAAAAUGUGAAAUUAAUUCAAAGGCUCGGUAAUGUGGAAGGAAAAUUAGAAUCACCGAUCGAUUUGGAUAUUAGUAAAAUGACUCCUAUUAAUUUGCCACCGUUGAAAUGGUUUUACUACGACGUUGCACCACGUAAAUUAAAAAUUACCAACACCGGUGACACGGCUGUUCUCAGCGCAAAAUGGCAAAUGGAACAACUGCCAUACAUCACUGCCGGACCUCUUAAUGGGAAUUACGUUUUUUCCCAAAUGCACUUUCAUUGGGGCCGAACUGAAAUCCACGGUAGUGAGCAUCGUGCCGAUAACGCGAAGUAA